AUGGGGCAAUAUUGGCUGAACGUCGCGAUUCUCAGGAUUGCUGUACCUGGAACAUUUACAGCGUGUACAAUAUGGCGGCCAACAGCACUUUCACUUAUCUACUUGAUACUUAUGCUCAUAUCACCAUUUAUUCCAAUACCAACUUCCGAGACGAUGAAAAGAACAACUGGGUACUACUUAAAGUCAUGUAUAGCCUUAACAUUCAUCAUCAGUGUGAUACAGUUUAUCUUCCAAAUAAUUCUCGUUGCAUCACCAUCAAUCUGGACAAAGUUCACCGAGAAUUGCAGCUUUUUAGAAGAACUAUUUCGACAUUUUGGUUUAGUUCGCAUGGAUGGUGCAUCAACAUUGGAAGUAUUCUACUGGCUACUCCCAGAAAUACUUACGCUACCAAUAAUGGUAACGCUAUACAUCUUGUGUCGUCGAUUCACGUCCAAAAACAAUCACCAAGACCUCGAGAGCACUCCAGUCCAAGACCAAAAUCUUCAAUCUUCAUUAAGAAAUGCCGAAGAACGCAACGCCAAAAUAAUAAACUUCCUCGGAAGAAUAGGAACAUACAUAGUGCUGGCGUCUCUAUGCUAUACCGCGACCUUGUCGCCCUCAGUCGAAGGCGGAUUUUACUUCCUAGUGUUCUUCGGAGCUGGUACCUGGUGGGCAUGCAACCGAGAACUGGUUAGAAACUUUGCAAUAAUUUGCAGAGUAGUCAUGGUUGUCGUAGUAGGUCACAUAGUCGUUUUGAUGUCUUAUCAAAAUCAAUGGCCUCAAGAAUACAUUCCAGUUGACAGCCGAUGGUCACGUUAUUUUGCACUUGAGGCUUAUUAUAAAACAAACUGUACUGAUCCAAGAAACACAAUAUUCACUCUAGAUAAUGAUGAUUGGACUCAAAACGGAUAUGCAUAUGCAUUGAGACUUUUUUGGCUUUAUUACAUCCUUGCUCUCCAAUCGAAAUUUCUUUUCCAAUCACCGACACCUACUACUGCAACUUCUGCAAGUCCGCCGGAUGAAAAAACGCCCUUAAUGCGGUUUGGAUCUGGACGAGCUGGACUUUUACAAGAUUCAACAGGAAGUGUUACCGUUCAAGAUGGACAUAAUGAUGAUAAUAUACAAAUGCAAUCUAUUGUUGAAGAUACUCAAGAAGAUAAUUUAGGCGUAAUUGAACAAGUAAUCAUGGCCAUUUAUUCAAUUCUCCAGUUAUUUGUUCAUUCGUCUUACUUAGCAACAAACAUUAUCAUGAUGACUUGGUCUAUCAUGUACCACAGCUGGACGACAUUUGUUUUUCUUCUUUGGGCAUUAAUAAUAUGGAUGGCACCUAACAAGCGUUCAGCAAUGAUGAAAUGCUCACCCUUUGUCGUUAUGUAUGGAACAAUUCUUCUUCUCAUCUGUUAUGUCUACAGUAUGAAUUUAACACCUGAAGAAAGGCCAGAUCAAAUAAUCGGUGGGGUUCCAAUGUCAGAAGUAGGUUUUCCAAAUGCAAAUGAAUUGAAAAGCUGGCAUUUAAUGGUGAAAUGUGGAUUUAUGGUAAUGUUUUGGAUAACAAUGCGUCAGUAUAUGUCUGAACGACACCAAGCCCGACAGACAUCGGCCCUCAGAGAUAUGAUAGCGCCACUUCGAGUCUCAGUAUCUGCAGCCACAGCAAUGCAUCAAGAAACGCCUGAAAUAAAAAGUAAAUUUAUGAAAGACGUUGGUCUUGUUGUGAAAAAGUUAUUGACUAAAUUCUGGAUUGUCGUCGUCGCAAUAAUGCUUUUUACCAGUGGAAUAACCGGAGAACGGAUGACAAUGUUCCGUAUCAUGUAUAUGACACUAUUUCUCUUUUUCGUGAUUUCAUUUCAAAUUUCAUGGGUCGCUUGGAGAAAAAUGAUGUAUGGAUUUUGGAUAACUGUUAUUGCAUACUCAGUUAUUAUGUUAAUUCUCGUAUAUACAUAUCAAUUUCGUGAUUUUACUUCCUACUGGGAACAUUUGGGAAUCAACGAACGUUUGCAAAAUGACAUAGGUCUUGAAGUAUACAAAACAAAAGACUUAUUCGUUCGUCUUUUGACACCCACGUUCUUCGUAAUCAUCACAGUGAUUCAGAUACACUAUUUCCAUGAUGAUUUCCUCGAAGCCACGGACAUCGAUAAGAUACAAGUGCUACCAGAGUUACAGCGUGCUGAUUCAGAAGCAACAACAGUACCACCAACGUCUACUUUGGACGUUUUAUUGGGUUCAGAUCAAGAAGCCUCGACAAUAUUUACUUUACGACAGCUAAAACACAUGUCAAAAUUGGAAAGAGCUGCAUUUUUCCGUCGUACUGUUAAGCAAUUGAUAAAUUUUUACAAUUACCUCUGGUUAAUACUUGAAAUUCACAUCCAAAAAAUAGUAUUUACGUCUCUAAUAUUACUCUGCAUCAAUGACGUAUGCGCAAUAAAUUUAAUUUUUGUAACAGCUAUUGUUAUAAUUAUAAAUUUUAGACGUCCGAUUCAAAUAAUGGGUAUAAAUAGUAUGUCUGUAGUAAUAGCAUUGUUGAUGGUUACGAAGAUGCUAUAUCAAAUUCAGUACAUUGAUCCUGACAAGUUCAACGUUAAUUGCACACGAGAAAAUCCAGAUAAUGGUAAUCAAACACUUAAAAUUUAUAACAUUGCCGAGUGGAUCGGGUUGAAGAAAGCACCUGCUGCUUGGGGCGACACUUCCGAUUCUAAUGCAAAUAAAAUACCACCGACCAACGACAAACCUUCUGAGCAAGAAAUGCUUGCAUACUUACUAAAAGGUUACAUUGGUAUCGUUAUUGUGACAACGCUUCGAGCUAUCAUUACUGUCCGUCAAUCUUUCUAUCGCCGUUGGCGUGGAGAGCCACUAGAAGUGCCAGAAGUUAUGUUCCCAAAAAUAAAACGAGCUGAAGCGGACAAAGGAAUCGCAGAAUGCCUUAAAUUCUUCCUGAACUACGGUUUCUACAAAUUUGGUCUUGAAUUCUGCUUAAUAGGCAUUGUGAUACUUAUCAGAGCACGCAUAGACUUUUAUUCAGUCGUCUAUGGUGUUUGGUUAUUGGUUUUCUUCGCACAAUCACGUCGUGUCACUGCUAAAAUUUGGCCAUUCUUCAGGGUCUUUGCCAUUAUUCUUUUACCUCUGCAAUAUUUCUUCGUUGUCGCACCACCUACGUGGUUGUGUAUUAACUAUCCGUGGGUAAAUAUAUACCGAAGACUUCAAGAAUGGAUGUAUCUGCCCGACCCAGACGAUCCACCGAAUCCAAGAAAAUUGAUAUGCGAUUUCUUCCUGCUAUAUAUGAUCGUCCGACAAAGUUUAGUCUUUAAUAUUGAAGCUAAUUGUAGCGCUAAUAACACUGAACAUCCAGCGGGACAUAAUUACUCAGUAUUUCGAGACAUGGACAAGCCAAACUUUGUCAACCCAGUCAAAGAUUAUGUGUCAUUUAUCCACAACUGGCUGGAUGUUAUAAAAAGAGGAGUGAUGAUGAGUUUUAUGUGGAUAACACUUUCAAUGAUGUUCCUUGCUGGCACCAACAGAACAAAUAUCUUCUCGCUUGGUUACUUGAUUGGAUCGUUUAUUUUCCUCUGGCAAGGAAGUGACUUUUAUCUCAGACCACUGAGAGUUAUUCUUAGAUGGUGGAACUUUUUAAUUGGCUACAACGUUGUCAUUAUAUUUUUGAAAGUACUAUUCCAAGGAUUCGGAUGUAUUCUUAUAACACAGUUCCAAAAAUCAGCCUGCUGGCUAGUCCAAUUAUUGGGAAUAGCUUGUUAUCAAAAUAGGAAUUCCCAAUUUAAAAUAGACGUAUCUGAUGAUAUUAAGUGUCAAAUGCCACAAGAUGACAGCGGUUUAAUGUGGGACGGAUUUUGCUUCGCGUUUCUCAUAAUACAAAAACGUUUAUUUAAAAGUUAUUACUUCUUUCAUAUCGUCGACGAGACUAAAGCGAUGAGUAUUCUGGCGUCUCGUGGCGCUGAACUGCUUGAGAAUCUUCAUCGUAAACGUAUUGAAUUUCAAGAAAGCGUGGAGAAUACUAUCCUGCAAAAUAUUAAGCUGAAAAUGGAUAAAAUAAAAGCUGACCAGCAAAAAAUUCAUGGACCAAGUUGGCAAGAACCAGCACAUCACAAAGUUGGAAUGGCACCACUGGCAAGAACUUGUAGCGCAAGUUCUUAUGUCUCUUCAGGACACACGCCACCGCAGGGUUAUCAGACGCCAAUAGAUGACAGCGACACUGACAACAGUAGCGAAGAUCUGCAAGAUGAUAAGCAGCAAUAUGACCCACCACCUCUGACUCCACGCGCUUCUUCAUUAUUGCAAGCGCCGUCACCAAACUCAGCUAUUGUAUCAGUGAGUCUCGAGGGUUAUCUAGAGCCCACACGAAUAUCUUUUGGCUCGCCACCGAGUAGUGAAUUGAAUCCACGUGGCGUGUCACCUGAUGAGACUUUUCCAGUAUUUUCGCCACCACCUUACGAUCAACCAGCAAACAGCGAUCGAUCUUGCCAGUCUCUUUUAAAAAUCAUCCAUCGACGACGUCAAUCCAGUCUUGCCGGGACUAAUUGGAAUCCAGAAGCACCAACAAUUUCUGGGCAUUCUGUCAUUUCAAUCACUUCACGGUCACAACGAUCUCAUCAUACAUAUUCGCUCUAUCCGAGAGAUCGUCCAUUGUACAAACAUCGUGCUCCAAAAACUAACAGAGAGGCUGUGAGAUCUGGAGAUUACUACAUGUUUGACGACGUGGACGAUGAAGAUGUUACCGAAGCAUUGCCUGAUUCAGAAAUGGAAAUUGAUGAAGAAGAGCAACGUCGUUUGCAACGACACAAAGGUCGUAGAAUGACUGUUUCUGAGCUGAUGUCAACGCUGUUUAAGACAGACAUUGAGAUUGCGACACACGUAGCCAUGUACGGAGGAACAUCAAAGGAUGCACUUCGAUUGAGACGUCAGAGUAUGCCGCUAUCCCGCAAGAAAUCAUCCAUGUCCUAUCUGAGCGCGCGUUCAGAAACCGAGACUGCCGCGACGACCGAUGAAGUGGAUCGUAGUAGCGAGAUCUCUGGAGAAGCACAAGCGAGAAGAAAAUCAAGGAAAAACUCACAGAAAAGUCCAUCUCGUUCUGGUGAAAAUGCGGAUGACAAAGACAGCAGUGCUACUUCCUUGGAAGAUGAUGAAGCUAAAAAAAGAGUAUCUUUCUUGACUUACUUCAAGUUUUUAUUUGAGCUGAUCAACAGUUUUAUGAUUUCUGCUACGAGACAUUUAAACAAGUUUUCUAGGGACUAUCGGUAUAUUCGUAAAGUUUUGAGCAAAGAAAAAUUAAUUUUAAAGGCUAAACCUGAUUUCCGAAUGGGAAUGAGAUUGGGUAUCAAUCAAAUCUGGCAACCAAUACCUUUAAUGAAAGACAGUAUUGCUAGAAAAUUAGUUUGUAAAUUUGCUCGCCCUGACAGAUCAGAGACGGAAGCAAGCUCAAAAGAAACUGUCGCUAUUGAGGAUCCAGAUCAACUUGAAGCAAAGAGCGAAAGGAAGGAGAGCUUGCUGACUGUGCCACACAUCCGAAUCCUGGCGCCGAGUUUGGAGCGAGGAUUGGACGGGUCCUCCUCCAGCUCAAUGUUGACAAGAACACAGCCAAUAUCACAAAUGGAAGAAGAAGAACCCCAGUUAUCAGAAGUGGACCAGCCUACAAUUAUUCAACUGCUAGCAUCCAUCUGGUUUGGAAUUCUCGCCCACUCAACAUUCAUGUGCUAUUUUAUGAUAUUUUUACACCAAAUUAACAACGCUUCGGUAUUGUCAGUCCCCCUGCCACUGAUGGUAUUCUUCUGGGGCUCACUAACAAUUCCACGGCCCUCCAAAACAUUUUGGGUGACAAUAAUAGCGUACACCGAAGCAAUCGUGAUAAUAAAGUGUAUCUUCCAGUGGGACUUGAUAGCAUGGAACCAGGUAUCCGGAAGAAAUCCCUUGGCAACGACAACAAUAAUAGGAGUCGACCGCAAAACUAAUUAUGCACUUUGGGAUCUGCUGCUUCUUCUGAUGGUAUUCUUCCACCGAUUUAUGCUUAAGUCUAUAGGCCAGUGGACGACUCCUUAUGCGACUAGAAAGAUAAUUCCGUCAAAAUUAGUAAUAGGUCCAGAUGGUCCAUCUCCUGCUAGCGGUCCUAGUCAAGCAGGCUCGACUCGUCUACAAUGGCAAAAUGAAAAACAAACUCAUCAAUCAAACCAAGAACUUAACUCAGUAUCAACUUCAAAAGACCUACCGAAAGCUGCUGGUACGUCCGACGAAACCAACUCGGAUUAUCACAAUAAUACCGACAGUGACGAAGAGCGGCUUGUAGAAAUAAGAAACGAAGAAACAAAUGUCUGUGAUGCGAAACUUACCACAGCAGUAAGUAUGACGUUUAAAAAAUACCUCGAGCCAACGAAAGGUUUUUUCGCAAACAUUUUAAACCCCGAUGGUAAAGAAAAAACAAAUGUCUACGCUUACAUGUUUCUGUGUGACUUUUUCAAUUUCCUCUUGAUAAUCUUCAGAUUCUCUUCGUUUGGAAACCAGCAGGGGGAUGGUGGUGUAACUGCUUACCUCCAAGAAAACCGCGUGCCGAUGCCAUUCUUGAUAAUGAUGUUGAUCCAGUUUGCUUUAAUAGUAAUUGACCGUGCGCUGUACUUGCGAAAAUCAAUCUUAGGAAAGCUAGCAUUCCAAUACGCUUUAAUUGUCGGCAUUCAUAUCUGGAUGUUUUUCUUUUUACCCGGUAUAACAGGACGUGCAUUCAACGACAGUUUGCCACCACAAAUUUGGUAUAUCAUCAAAUGCUUUUACUUAUUGUUAGCAGCUUACCAAUUACGACUCGGCUACCCAACUCGAAUCCUCGGUAAUUUCCUCUGCAAAAAAUACAAUAUUGUAAACUACUGUUUGUUCAAAGGAUUUAUGCUGAUACCAUUUUUGUUUGAACUCCGUGCGGUGAUGGACUGGAUUUGGACAGACACUUCAAUGACCGUGAUGGACUGGUUCAAAAUGGAGGACAUAUUUGCUAGCAUAUACCAAAUAAAAUGUAUGCGUGGAUUGGAGUCUGAUUUUCCGCAGCCGCGUGGAGAAAAGAAGAAACAAAUGAGCAAAUAUUUAGUCGGCGGUGGAUUACUUUUAGUAAUAAUAGGUCUCAUUUGGUUCCCAUUGUUACUAUUCGCGCUGAGUAGCACUGUUGGUGUGUCAAAUAUACCUUCAGAGGUCUCACUGAGGAUCCAAAUUAGCUCACACGAGCCUAUUUACACAGCAAUUGCUCAAGAUGCUUCAAUAUUUUCUUACACUGACGAAGAGUUCAAGGCUUUAAAAGGAAUUUACACAUCUGACAGACCGGCGUAUACUUUCUUGGAUAAUUAUGGCUCCGGUGAUGUCGCGACUGUCAAAUUGAGCAAAUCAACUCAAAGAAUUUGGGGCAUCACGCCCUUAGAAAAGGAGCAGCUAAAAAAUGAAUUGAAAUCAAACAUUACGAUGAAUAUUCAUGUCGAAUGGGCGGUUUCAAGAAAAACGGAUGCUAAAGAUUUUCCAGGAAUAUCCACAACGCCAAAUAUCAUUCCACUGCCAGCUUACGUCAACGGCGAGUUUAAUCCAAUAAGAACUAAUUUAUCAUUAUUAUUAUCCUCGGACAGUGAUAAUCCAAACGUAACUCUAUCGUUACCACAUGUAUUUCCGAAGUUUCUUAAAAUAACAAGUCGUAAUACUAGUGUGGUAGAGCAAUUGAUGCACGCGCCAACGCAAAUUUAUAUGCAAGACGAAAUAAUAACUAACAGUCCUGAUAAUUUGUAUCGUAAUGUAACUUUGCAAUUAGUGUCAGAACUCGGACAGCAGUGGUGGAUGAUCCAAGAGCAAUGCAAUGAUAACUUGUACAAUAAAGUACUCAAAAAUGUUCCACUGAACGACUGCAGCAAUAAUAUAGUUAUGUUUAUGUUUAAUGAGAAAGCUUUUCCCGAAGGACUCAGUUUCUUUAGCGGCAUGGGGAUCCUCGGUUUGUACACAACUGCUGUUAUUGUCGUCAGUCAACUAAUGAGGCGCAUCGUCAGUGACAUGGCACCCAAGAUUAUGUUCGACGACAUGCCGUACGUUGAUAGAAUAUUGAAACUCUGUUUGGACAUUUACUUGGUACGAGAAAGUAAAGAGCUGAGUUUAGAAGAAGACUUGUUUGCCAAACUUAUUUUCUUGUAUCGAUCACCGGAGACCCUGAUUAGGUGGACGAGGCCGCCUGAGUCAAACCAAGAUGAUGACAGAGAUGACAAUGAAGACUUUGACGAGCCGGAUGAUAAUAAUCGUCGUAAUAAUAAUGAUGAUGAUGAUGAUGAUGAUGUUAAUGUAGAUGUAGAUGUGAAUGAUGAUGUAAAUGAUAAUGGUCCUCAGGUAAGACAACGAACUAAUGAACGAAGGAGCGACGAAAUUUAG